ACCGGAGGAAGCAGCCUCGGUUUGGGAGAGGGCCACCACCUAGAGAAGGAGCUGAGGGGGAGAGAAGGGAGGUUCAUUGUGUGAUGGAGAUUUCAUCCUUUUAACAGCCUCGGCGAGCAUUGCAAAACCUUUUCUUCGUUGAAAGAAGUACAAAGCUGUGUCGGCACCAUGUCCAGGGCCGUGAUGUCAAGCCAACAGAAGAUCGCCGAGAAGCUGACAAUCCUGAACGACAGGGGGAUUGGUAUGCUGACUCGAAUUUAUAACAUCAAAAAGGCAUGUGGGGAUCCAAAGGCAAAACCAUCAUACUUAAUAGACAAAAACUUGGAAUCUGCUGUCAAAUACAUUGUCAAAAAGUUUCCAGUUGUUGAUACUCGCAACAACAGUCAACAGCUGUCACAACUACAUAAGGAGAAGCAGGAAAUUUUGAAGAACCUGGCACUUUAUUACUUCACGUUUGUGGAUGUCAUGGAAUUUAAGGAUCAUGUGAGUGAACUGCUAAACACUAUUGACGCUUGUCAAGUUUUUUUUGAUAUUACUGUCAAUUUUGAUUUAACCAAAAACUACUUGGACUUGGUUGUAACCUACACAACACUAAUGAUAAUGGUGUCUCGGAUUGAAGAACGGAAGGCAAUUGUAGGCCUCUACAAUUAUGCGCAUGAAAUGCUGCACGGAGCUAGUGAUCGUGAAUAUCCAAGACUUGGUCAGAUGAUUGUAGAUUAUGAAAACCCACUAAAGAAAAUGAUGGAAGAAUUUGUACCACAUAGCAAGUCUUUGUCAGAUGCACUAAUUUCACUCCAGAUGGUUUAUCCUCGACGGAACCUUUCAGCAGAACAAUGGAGAAAUGCCCAGUUAUUAAGCCUAAUCAGUGCUCCCAGCACCAUGCUUAACCCUGCGCAAUCUGAUACGAUGCCAUGUGAAUACCUCUCUUUGGACACAAUGGAGAAAUGGAUUGUUUUUGGUUUUAUCCUGUGCCAUGGAAACCUGAACUCAGAUGCAGCUGCUCUGAGCCUGUGGAAGAUUGCCCUGCAGAGCAGCUCCUGUCUUGCCCUCUUCAGAGACGAGGUGUUCCAUGUUCACAAAGUUGCAGAAGACUUGUUCAUGAACAUAAAAGGUUACAACAAACGUAUAGCAGAUAUACGUGAAUGCAGAGAGACGGCAUUAUCACACGCUGGUCCACUGCACAGAGAGCGGCGCAAAUUUUUGCGAUCUGCUUUAAAGGAGCUUGCCACCGUUCUUGCUGAUCAACCUGGGUUACUAGGUCCAAAGGCACUCUUUGUCUUCAUGGCUCUAUCUUUUGCACGUGAUGAAAUUAUCUGGCUGCUUCGUCAUGCAGAUAACAUUCCAAGAACAAGAAACAGUGAUGAUUUUAUAGACAAACACGUUGCUGAACUGAUCUAUUACAUGGAAGAGCUCAGAGCGCAUGUGCGCAAGUAUGGACCAGUGAUGCAGAGAUAUUAUGUGCAAUAUUUGUCUGGUUUUGAUGCAGUGGUGCUGAAUGAACUUGUGCAGAAUCUUUCUGUGUGUCCAGAAGAUGAAUCCAUCAUUAUGUCUUCCUUUGUGAACACUAUGACUUCCUUAAGUGUAAAGCAAGUUGAAGAUGGAGAAGUAUUUGAUUUCCGAGGAAUGAGACUGGACUGGUUUAGACUGCAGGCAUAUACCAGUGUUUCCAAGGCUUCUCUUAAUUUGUCAGAUCACAAGGAGUUAGGAAAAAUGAUGAAUACUAUUAUUUUUCACACAAAAAUGGUAGAUUCUUUGGUUGAAAUGCUGGUGGAAACUUCAGAUCUCUCUAUCUUCUGUUUUUACAGUCGUGCUUUUGAGAAGAUGUUUCACCAGUGCUUGGAGUUGCCCUCGCAGUCACGAUAUUCAAUUGCUUUCCCACUGGUUUGCACGCAUUUUAUGAGUUGCACUCAUGAAUUGUGCCCUGAAGAGAGGCAUCACAUUGGAGAUCGCAGUCUUUCCCUGUGCAACAUGUUCCUCGAUGAAAUGGCAAAGCAAGCCCGCAAUCUCAUCACAGACAUAUGUACAGAGCAGUGCACCCUUAGUGACCAGUUAUUGCCAAAACAUUGUGCCAAGACUAUCAGUCAAGCAGUAAAUAAAAAGUCCAAAAAGCAGACUGGAAAGAAAGGGGAACCUGAAAGGGAGAAACCUGGAGUGGAGAGCAUGAGAAAGAACAGGCUACUGGUUACCAAUUUGGACAAACUUCACACUGCUCUUUCUGAGCUUUGUUUCUCUAUCAAUUAUGUUCCUAAUUUAGUUGUCUGGGAGCACACUUUUACACCACGCGAGUAUUUGACUUCACAUUUGGAAAUCCGCUUUACUAAAUCAAUUGUGGGAAUGACAAUGUACAAUCAAGCUACGCAAGAGAUUGCCAAGCCUUCUGAGCUACUGACAAGUGUAAAAGCCUACAUGACUGUACUCCAGUCCAUUGAAAACUAUGUGCAGAUUGAUAUCACCAGAGUUUUUAACAAUGUUCUUCUCCAGCAGACACAACAUUUAGAUAGUCAUGGUGAACCAACCAUAACUAGCUUAUACACCAAUUGGUAUCUAGAAACUCUUCUGCGACAAGUCAGCAAUGGGCACAUUGCGUACUUUCCAGCUAUGAAGGCAUUUGUGAACCUGCCUACUGAGAGUGAACUGACGUUUAAUGCGGAGGAAUAUUCAGACAUCUCUGAAAUGAGGGCUCUUUCAGAACUUCUGGGCCCAUAUGGAAUGAAGUUUUUAAGUGAAAGCCUGAUGUGGCACAUUUCCUCACAGGUGGCAGAGCUCAAGAAAUUAGUUGUGGAGAAUGUUGACGUGCUAACUCAAAUGAGGACAAGCUUUGAUAAGCCAGACCAGAUGGCAGCACUCUUCAAAAGAUUAACAUCGGUUGACAGCGUAUUGAAGAGAAUGACAAUAAUUGGUGUUAUAUUAUCAUUCCGUUCACUAGCACAGGAAGCACUCAAAGAUGUCCUGUCCUGCCACAUUCCCUUCCUGGUGAGUUCAGUUGAAGAUUUCAAGGACCACAUUCCAAGGGAGACAGAUAUGAAGGUCGCAAUGAAUGUGUAUGAGCUUUCUUCAGCAUCUGGCUUGCCUUGUGAAAUUGACCCGGCAUUGGUGGUAGCUCUAUCAUCGCAGAAAUCAGAGAAUAUUAGUCCAGAGGAAGAAUAUAAAAUUGCCUGCCUCCUUAUGGUGUUUGUUGCUGUUUCGCUUCCAACUCUAGCCAGCAAUGUCAUGUCCCAGUACAGUCCUGCUAUUGAAGGACACUGCAACAAUAUUCAUUGUUUGGCCAAAGCUAUAAACCAAAUUGCUGCUGCCUUGUUCACCAUUCAUAAAGGAAGCAUUGAAGACCGUCUUAAAGAAUUCCUUGCUCUUGCUUCUUCAAGUUUGCUGAAAAUUGGACAAGAGACUGACAAAACCACUACCAGAAACAGAGAAUCUGUUUAUUUACUGCUUGACAUGAUUGUACAAGAGUCUCCUUUCCUGACAAUGGACCUGCUGGAAUCUUGCUUUCCUUAUGUCCUCCUGCGAAAUGCUUACCAUGCUGUCUACAAGCAAAGUGUUACAUCUUCUGCUUAAAUUGGAAUUUAAUGGAGGCAGGAUCCAAGUUAACUAAAUGUUCUGCAGUGCUGGUUUACAAGCUAACAACUGUAGAAUUGUUUCACUUUAUAGUCUAAAAAUGUUAUGAAACUGAAUCAUUUUUCAUAAACAUACAUUGUAGACCAGUGGUUUCUAUUAUGUUAUUGAUAUGCUUGACUGAUUUGCUGAAUAGUGACAAAGCUGAAUGGUUUUACUUUAAAUGCAGCUACAUUUGUUAAAAUUACACUACAAUGUUGAUUGAAUUUUAAAAAUCAUAAGAAACAGCUCUUUUGAAACCAUCUUCCGUAAAGCUGUAUUAAGAUGCAGAGAAAAAUUCAUCUAAUUAUUUGAAGAUGAUUUUCCUUCUGUGUAUAAAUUAUUUCAGAUAAGGCAAGAAAAGAUUUGAACUUGUCAUUCUUCUUUGACAGUAAAUGGGAUGGAUGGAUUAUUAUUUGCAUUUAUGUGGAUUUAUUAUGAUAAUUCUGGUUUUAAUUUUAAAUAAUUGCUAUAUUAGUUACUCUGAAAUACAUUAUGUAAUAUCUACAAAUUCUAUAGGAAUGCUGAAACCUCCAAAAACAAUUCUAGCAAUCCACUGCGCAUUACAACAGAAGUGAUGUUUGUAUAAAGCAUAGUAUAAUUUUUUUUAUAAAACUAACUUCAGUGGAGAGCUUGUUGAGAUUCACACUACCAUUGUACCCAGUUGUAUGGUAUGACUAUGAAUAUUUAUCACAUAUUGAUAAAAUGGUAGCCCUUAACCUCUUUUAUAUGUUUUACAUUUUUCAAGUUUUAGUGUAUCUUCCAUAACAAACAAUAAAACACCAGGUUACUUCACGUUCA